GCUGUUGCGCCCGCGUUGCCAAGUGAAUGCUGAAAACGUGCAUUUCGCAUACCGCAUUUGUUUUUAUUUAAAUGAACUAUAGUAUUGUUAUUAAAUAUAUUUAAUAUUUUAAGCAUACACCAUGAAACUAAGCACAUACAAUUUUCUAACUUCAAUGGCCAUCAAGGGCGUCAAGGUUGGCUACCCACUGAAGCUGACGAUUAACAAAAAGGACGUGAUCGAGAGCGAAUUCAAUCCGGUGUUCAUAGAACGACUGCUGCCCAAGCUGGACUGGUCAGCCGUUUACGGUGCCGCCCAGGUGGCGGAACUGGCCGAAGAUAUACCCGCUGCCCAGCCGGAGAACAUAGCCGAGGAUGAGCAGCUGCUGCAGAGACUACAUCAUUUGCUGUUCGAAAUCGAUGUGCUCGAGGGUCAGCUGGAGUGCCCCGAGACGGGACGCAUCUUUCCCAUUGCCGACGGCAUUCCCAAUAUGCUGCUGAACGAGGACGAAGUUUAGCCAAAGCUUAAAUAUAGUCUAUAGAUAAGUUAGUUUAUAAAUAUUCAUGUAUUUCAAGCUGCAAAGUUUGUUCAUAGAAAACUUGUAUGAAUAAUUGGAUUCUGGAUGGAAUA